AUGAAGGUGCGGAUCUCGCACUGCUGGAGAGGAGUUUGGAGGAUGAGGAUCCUCCAAAUUAACCUCCAGCACUCGAAGGUGGCCUCCGCCGAUCUAGUGCUUCGUCUAGGACGGGACGAAGCCGACGUUGUCCUUAUCCAGGAACCGUGGCUGAGCAGCAACGGUAUCUCUGGUCUAAGGACAAAGAGCCACAAGCUCCUGGCCGCAAACAGUACAGGUAGAACCAGAGCCUGCUUGUUAAUCAGAAACGAGCUUAACGUUUUUCUUUUACAUAAGUUCAGCAACGAGGACGUCGUCGCUGCUAGACUGGAGGACAGCGCUGGAGAACUCUGGCUGUUCUCAGCCUACAUGACGCACGACGACGAGGUGGAGCCACCUCCGAACCUGCUGAGAGGAGCCCUGGCAGAGGCCAGGCGCAAAGGAGCCGGUGUCUUAAUAGGCUCGGAUGCAAAUUCAAGGCACACCGUCUGGGGGAGCUCGGACAUUAACACAAGAU